UGUAUGGACACAAACACAGCGCUGAAAUUUGCGGGCUCUGCUCCUGUAUGUCAGGCAGAUUCAGUAAUUUAUUCUCACACGGUGCAAGUUAAUCUACACGGAGCUCGUCCAGCAGAUUGAAGUGUGUAUGUUUUUAUGACUUUGCAAUCAGCUAGUCAUCAGAGUAAAGGCUUAAUGCAAUGGUUGGAGAUUUGUAUGCUGCUUAGAAUUUCAUUAUUCAUUUCCACACAUAACACAUCCAAACAGUAGCCUCAGAGUAAGAGUUGGAUUGGAUGAAUGAGAGAACAUGGCACAGGUAGAGGAGCCUCAGACUGAGGGGGAAGGCAGCCCCCAGAUGGUCUCCUUAAGGUCUGACGUGUCAGGGAGCCAUGCAGAUGAUGGGGAAGUAGGACCCUCCAUGAGGAGGAAGAGGAAGAAGAAGAAAGAUCCACGUCCUGAGUCCUUCAUUGUUUAUCGGUCUGAAAUGGAGAGGGCACCAGGAGAGGACCAAGGAGGAGACGAAGGAGCAGAGAGGAGCACUGAGGAGGGAACUAAAUUCCUCUGCACACCCACAGGCGAAGGCUGGAGUCUUCCUCCAGACAGCCGCUACGUGACCCUGACUGGCACUAUUACGCGUGGAAAGAAGAAGGGUCAGGUGGUGGACAUACACGUCACUUUGACAGAGAAGGAAAUCAGGGAACUCGCCAAGUCGAGGGAGCGUCUUGAUGCAGCAUGCGAAGCGAGCGAAGGCUCCAAGCGCACCUGUAGCUUAGGUGUGUCAGGGACCCAUGUGGUCCUGUGGAGCAUCUCGUGCGCACCUGUGGUUUUCAUCCUCUCGUUCAUCACUUCCUUCUACUACGGCACCCUCACCUGGUACAAUGUCUUCCUGGUGUACAAUGAGGAGCGGACGUUCUGGCACAAGAUAACAAUAUGCCCCUUUCUUAUCAUCUUCUACCCCAUGCUCAUCAUGCCUUUGGCGCUGUCACUGGCUCUGUACUCUGCUGUGGUGCAGGUGUCCUGGGCCUUCAGUGAGUGGUGGCAGGCGGUGCGCGACCUGGAGAAAGGCUUCUGUGGCUGGGCCUGUGGGAAAUUGGGGCUUGAAGACUGUUCGCCAUACAGCAUAGUCGAGUUGCUUGACUCUGACACUGUUUCUGGCACUCUACAGAGCAAGGCACCCAGUGAACUUGCCCAAACGUCAUCAGUGUGAAGUAGUGGGCACUGGGCUCAAGGAGCAUAUUGCUAAUGUGGUCAAAGUUGGGAAUUAUUUGAAUAAUUUGAGUGUCAAAAUGAGCACCACUACUAUCUAUGUUUUUGCUAAUGAAGGGUUUGAGACUUUCCUGAAAGCCACAGGAGUAAGAAAAUUAUCUUUUGAUUAGAAUUUCUUUUCUAAAACUAUUUCAAAAUGUCUCUUUUGUUAAUAAUCACACAGUAAGCACUGCCUGAACUCUCCUUUGGUGCUGAACUGCUAUCACCUAGCAUUAUUGGAGUUGAAGCACUGGAGUAAUUAUUAUGGGACUUU